GCUGGCGGUGUCAGUCGUUCGUCGACAUUCAAUCGAGAAAAGCGUAAAAUUUAAGUGAAAUAAAUCACAACAUAUCUCCAAAAACAACCAAUUUCCUAUAUUUUAUGUUCUGCUGAAAUGAAAUAAAACAAAACAAAAAGUUAAUAAACGAGCAAUGAAAUAAAAUUAAGGAAUAAAGAUGUAAUAAAUAUAUUACAAGACGUGAGUGAAGGAAUAGAAGUAAAGAAGGUGAAGUGCCACUCCUUUGUGUAAAACACGAAUGCGCCAGCAGUGGAGACAAAAGUACUUAGUGCAUAAGUGAAGAAAAGUCAGAUAAAUUAAAAAUAUAAGGAAGGACGGAAUGUGGAGUCAGAAAUAAAAGUUUUUUGAAAAAGAUGCAGUGUGAUUGUGUAAAACGAGAAGAGAAGUGAAUUGCAUGCAUCUGAGAAAUUGGUAGAUAAGAAAACAUGUAACUAGUGCAUGUGAAAUUCAUGUGAAUGACGAAACGAGUUUGUGUAUAAUUGAAACGUAAUUGGUGAUUAAUUAAACUGCAGAAAUAUUUUAAGAACGAAAGAAAUGUGCAUAUAUGAUAAAAGUGGAAUAUAACAUACACAAAGAGAAUGUAUUUUAUAUAAAGUAGUACAUGUGAAAUAAACUAAAAAUUUGGAGUCAAAAGUACGAAAAUAAAACUUAGUCGUGGAGUAGUUGAUAUACUGCACUCUAUAUAUUUUCGAGUCUUAAAGACUGAUCGCCACCAUGCAUAGUAUUGAAAAGCUACGCGUGAGUCACGCAUUUUAGUGAGCAACAGCACAGCACUAGAGCUGACGGAGAAGAAAAUUAAGGGUAGCAACAAACACCAACAAAUUUAGGUGUGUGCUACUAACGAAUUGCGAGCACAGUAAAAAUUUUUUAAUUAAAAUUAUUAAAAGAAAGAAUAAAAUUCUAAAUAUUCUCUUUUAAUCAUACAAACAUAUUGUCAAAAUGACUAGUUUCACAAGUCUGAAAGGUUGGUUUGGUCGCAAGAAGGAACCUAUCUCAGAAAUCGGUAAUCCAACCAAUUUCCAACGGCAUUAUCAUGUGUCAAGAAAUGAAGAGACGGGGCAUCUUGAAGGUUUGCCUGCGUCCUGGACAAGACUUAUGAAUGCACAAAUUACCCGCGAUGAACAGGAUAAAAACCCUGAUGCUGCCUACCAUGCCGUUAAAUACUAUAACUAUUCCAUUAAGAAAAAGGACAAUGAUGUAUUUAAGCCGUUCAUUACUGAGGAGGCAAUUCACGAGGAAUCAAAAGAAAUAGAUAACUAUGUGAAUUACAAAAAUAAACACAAAUCACAUGAUCCUGAUAAAUCCGAUGAUGAUGAGUUAUAUGGAGGAGGAAGCUCUACUGGAGAAAGUGGUGCAUCGUCCAGUGGAAAUAGCAAUAGUAGUAGUUUCAAUGACAAUCAACAAGCCAUCCGUAUGACUGGAUUGAAUCAAGUGAUCAAAGAACUUGAGUCAAAUUUAUUAGCGCAACGCGAAACAUUGAAACCAAUUUCAUCAUUCACCGGUGAUGACCGUCCUCCAUUGCCUGCCAAAAAAUUGCAAACCUUACCCCCUAAACCAGUUUUAAAACCAAAGCCCAGAGCGGUAACUCAACAGCUUUCGCGCGGAGUCUCUGAUCUUACAACUAUCAAUGCAGAGGAACCUUUGAACAAGAUCAACACUAAUACGAUUAUCCUCAAUCCUGUGGCUCCAACAGAUGCUGAUACUGAACCAGCUGAGGAAUCAAUUUUGCGUAGAUCAAAAGAUAAACGUGCACAGAAGACAGACGCUGAAGUUUAUGAAGAACUUCGAGCUAUUUGCAAUAUGGACGACCCUCGAGAACGCUAUCACACUACGCAAGAGGUGGGUAAGGGCGCUUCUGGCAUUGUAUUCAUUGCAGGCGAUUUGCAAACCGAGGCGCAAGUUGCAGUUAAGACCAUCGAUCUUAAAAAUCAGUCCUCAAAAGAUCUCAUUCUUACUGAGAUACGUGUAUUGAAGGACUUCAAUCAUAAAAAUUUAGUAAAUUUCCUGGAUGCAUAUCUACUUGAACCAGAAGAUCAGUUAUGGGUAAUAAUGGAAUAUAUGGAUGGUGGUCCACUAACUGACGUUGUCACGGAGACUGUUAUGAAGGAAAGACAGAUCGCGUGCGUUUGCCGAGAAGUUCUUUAUGCAAUAAGUUUUCUACAUUCCAAAGGUAUCAUUCAUCGUGAUAUUAAGUCGGAUAAUGUGUUAUUAGGUAUGGAUGGUUCGGUAAAGGUGACUGACUUCGGUUUCUGUGCAAAUAUUGAAGGUGAUGAAAAACGUCAAACUAUGGUCGGUACACCAUAUUGGAUGGCUCCUGAAGUCGUUACACGUAAGAAGUAUGGAAAGAAAGUAGAUAUCUGGUCAAUUGGUAUUAUGGCAAUAGAAAUGAUUGAAGGUCAACCGCCAUAUCUUUAUGAGACACCGCUUCGUGCACUCUAUCUUAUUGCGGCUAAUGGUAGACCUGACAUUAAGAGCUGGGAUAAACUGAGUCCCAGUUUACAAGACUUUCUUGAUUGUUGCUUGCAAGUGGAGGUCGACAAACGUGCAACAGCUGAUGAAUUGCUACGGCAUCCGUUCCUUGACGAUUGCAGUGAAGUUAAAGCAUUGGUGCCGAACAUAAAAGCAGCCAAGAAAGUGCUGCGGCGUAUGGUGUAAAAUCGCAUGUGAAGGGGUGGGAAGAUUAAAACAACAAUUGUCUAUAUAAAAGAACUGAUCAUGUGGGAUAGAUUGACGUGCAAUUGUAAUAUUGCAUUAGUGCAGUUGUAUUCAUGAGCUGUGCAAGAACGUUGUGUAUUUUAGUUGCCUAUUUAUAUACUACAUAGCUAUAAGUAUGUAUAAGAAAAGCCUUCGAUUGGAUAUGAGGAAUAUAGAGUACGAAAACUCUUUUGAGAUCUAACACAAAGUCUUAAAGCUAAGUCAAUAAGUGUGACAGAAGGGUGAAGGCGAAUGCUAAAUGGAAUAUAGGGGGAUAGGCGAAGUGUAUUGCUGUUGACAGAAAAAUGCUAUAGAAGACAUGAAAAGCGCAACAGAAAUUUUAUGGAUUUUGGUGCAUUAAAUGAAGCGUGCGAGAACAUCGCUGGUCGAACAGUAUUGCAGUCGAAAGAUAAUUAGACGAUAAUUUUGAGUGCACCACCGGCAAUUUACAUGAAAUGCAACAUCCGGAGUUUGCUGAACGUAACUAUAGCAUCAACUGCAGCGACAAAAAAUAACACCGUUACAACUACUACUAUUAUUAAUACUACAGCAACUACUACUACUACAAUUAAAUAGUAAUCAUUAUGAGAAAUAUCAGCAAAGUCUGACUUCCAUAUUUUUUAUUAAACACACACGCACAUCAACAAACAGUAGUAAUAGAGUAAUUCUAAUUAUCGAAAAAAAAUAACAAAUAAUCAUUACAAACGAAACUAUAAAACACGCGCAACUUUUUCAAUAGCAAAGACUAUAGUCUGGUCUUAGAUUCUUACAGUAGUUGUACUUGUUCAGCUGAUCAUCUCAAUUCGUAUGUAAAAGAGCAUAGUUUAGAAGCAGAAAGUUAAAACAUGCAAACAAAGUAAUUUAUUCCUAUUUUCCAUUGUUUCAAGAAUAUUUGCUUCAUUACUUUACUCAACAAUGCCAAUAAUUUUACACUUUACACCUAGGUGAAAGUGAGAGCUGAGUAACUAAAAAAAUUAUAAUUUAAUAAAAAUUAGUCACAUUUCAAUACAUAAGCAAAUAUGUAUAUAAACACUUGCGAAAAAAUAAAAUAAAUAUACAUACAUAUAUACGAACGAUUAGCGAUAUUUUCAUUGCCAAAAUUUAUUGUUAUUAUACUUCAUUUUAAUUAUAUGUAUAUGAACUUGUAUGUACAUAUAUUUACACUAAUAUUGUUUACAUAUACCUAGUUAUAUUUAUAUACAUAUGUAUGUAUUUUGUUUAAUAUGUAACUAUAUUAGUUUUUAAGUUAAUUUUUGCAAUCAUUUUUAUUUUUUAAAUAUUUAUUUUGAUUGUACAAAAUGCAAUUGUACUUUUAUUGUAACUUGCAAACGCGUUAAUUUGCAUAAAAAUAGUACAUACAUAUAUACAUUUACCAAUAUGUUACGUUAAACAAUUGAGCGUAAUACAAAACGUAAAUACUUAUAAUCAAUUACUAUCAAUGUGAUUUAAGCGAUUUUAUCAAAGCUAUCUAAUGUCUUAAAAACUACGUUAAAUGCAGAAAAAAAGUUGUUCUAUGCGAUGUUGUUGUAGGUUCUCAAAUGCAAAAACUAAAUUAAAUGAGACAUUUUUACGCAUUAAGUACUGCAAAUAUGAAAAAUUAAACAUAUUAAAAAUAAAGAUUGUAUUUCAAACUAAAAGAAUGAGACAUCAAUUAAAUAUAUACAUAUACAUAAACACAUACUACGUAGGAAUAGCAAUUAAAGUAAUAAAUAAAAGUAAAUAUGUGGGCAUUAGGACGUGUAUGAAUGGGCAAAAUAUUGUUACAACGCGCAUUUAUAAUUUAGUCUUUACAUUGUGCAAGUUGUAAUGCCUGAUAAUUGAUUUUUGCUGUCUUUGAACCAUAUAAACUAAUUGAAAUAAAUAAAUAUACAUACACGUAAGCCUUCUAUAAUUUUUUUUAUAUACUGUUGUAAGCUAAAGUGCCAUUAGGACUAAAUUGUUUAGAAAAAAUCGAAAUUUUAUUAUUGUUGUUAACAAUAGUGUUCAGCAAUAAGUUCACAAUUUGUAUUUAACUUAGCUAAGUAAAGCGAAAUUUCGUAAAAAUUCCUUAAAAAGGCAUUAUUAUAAUUCGUAGUUUCAAAUCCAUAGAUUCCGCCUGCAUUUAAAUGACGAAGAACACAUUUGUAUUAUAGAAAACAUUAUCGACCGGCAUUUUUCACACAACAAAUUUUAGUUUUAAAGACAGGCAAUUUAAAUAUACACAAUAAUUACAUAUGUACAAAUUUUAAAAGGUUAUUUUUUUCAUUGAUUGUAAUAUUAAAACAAUAUGUAUUAUACAAGUACUUGCUUGUAGGUUAAAAAGCUUGAUUUAGCACCGUGGAAAUGUUUAAAAAUUCUAAAUUUUAAUCUUAAGCCAAUAAAUUGGAACACUUAACACCAUUAUAUCGCAAAGUAUCGCUGCAUAGAAAUAAAUUUCAAAUAAUUUUAUUUUUGAUUUGUAAACACAUUUUUCUAUUCGAAGUUAAAAUGAUUGCUAUGCAAGCGCUUGCCAGUCGACACCGAUACACUUUGUACUGCUGAAAAUUAAUUAAUUUGAAACAUAAAAAUAUAGUGGCACACCAAAAAAUUAUAACCACCACGUAUACUUCUUGAAUUUUUCAAAGCAAAACAUAUUUGCUCUUUUCCUGCUAUUGCACGAUCUCACAGAGUUUAAGUAUGCAAGAAAUAUUAUUCCAAAUCACAAUUAGUAUCAAUUUAAAUAUUAAAAUUAGUUAUUUUCAUGCCUCUGUGAUUGUUACAGUAAACUAUUUAAAGGUUUUGAUAAAUUUAGCAACAAUUUAAUGUUUUAAAAACAGCAGCGUCUCUAACAAAUUUAUAAAACGCACAAUUUAACAAUAAUUGGUAACUAAAUGCAUUUCUUUUACUGAUAUAUAUGUACAUAUAAACGUAUUAUAUAAAUACAUAUGUAGUAUAUACAGUACAAUACUUCAUUAUAGCUAAUUAUUAAAUUCGGGAAUAUAGUUACAACGUAACUCACAAACAAGUACAUGUGCUUUAUGGUGUCCAUUAUUUCAUAAGUUGUUUUUUUUUUUUGCGAACACCUUUCGAAGAUACAGUUUUUGCGAUAAAGAAAGGAUUCAACGAAAACACACUCUUUAAUUUCUAUUUAAACCACGUCUAGAGCAAUUAAAUUUUUCAUAUAUUUUUAUGGGAUUUUUGUAACAUUGCAUUAUGGUUCUUAACUCUUAAGCAAAUAAAGCUAAAAAUUUGAAAAAAAUGUAUAUUCUAAUACAAAAUGUCCGCUCUACAAAAAAGGUCUUUAUAAAAAUGUCACUUUAACAGUUAUACGGAGAUAAAGUUAUGCAGAAAUGUACUGUAUUCAAAAGGUACACCAUUUCGUGUGAGCAACACACAAUGAUGCAUAAUUUUAACUGCGCAGAUUUUUAAAGUGAAGUUUUUAUGAAGAUUUUUUUAGAGUGAAAAAGAAAGUGUAUUAGCAUAUAAUUUUUUCGAAGUUCUAGAUUUACUUGAUUCAUGCAAAAUAUCUAAAAAAUCUCCAGUUAUAUACUUGGCAAAGAACUGUGCUUUAGGCACGGUUUAAAGAGCAUGUAUGUUGGGCAAAAACGGAAAAUUCAGGUAGCAUUUGCAGAAAACAUGCAACUUAUGAAAUAACGAACACCCUGGUGGGCUUAUUACAAAGGAUAUGUACAUCUAUUUUUUAUUUCCCUCCAAACAAUCUUUACAGAUUUUAUUGUACGCAAAGUCUUGUUGGUUAACAAUUUUGAAAAAGAGGUUAAAUUAUUUUGCUUUUCCUUUAAUUAUAUUAUUUUCUUAUAAAUCACUACAGUAGCUAAGAAACUGUUUUUGCACUGCACUUAAGCUUUUCUUGAAGAAUUCACUUAACAUUUCUGAACCCUAACUUUUAAUAAAUUUCCGAAAUUUAUUUCGUUUUAAAUUUACAUUUUAGUUAACUUUCUUGCAAGCUAGCAAUCACACUUAGCAUAUAUCUUAUGCACACAAAGUAUACCUAAUUCAGUUGUAACCUUCUAUUUAUUCCACUUUUAUUAUGUUGUGUACAUAGUUACAUACAUACAUAAAUAUAUGAAUACUUUCCAUAUAAAAAAUAUUGGUUUUUGUGAACUCCCCAAUUGAGGGAAAAAUCAAAUCAACGCGUAAGCAACGAUAUUAAUACCAUUUCUUUAUAUGCAUAUAUACAUAUAGAUACAUAGUUUUAACAGUAGCAUAGUAAUCCCACAAUUAUGCAAUAAAUGAUAAAGAAAACCAAUAAUUUUACAGUAUUUACAUAAAUGUUUAAUGUAACAGAGAAUUAAGUAAAGCAAAAAUUUUAUACAAACAAAAAAUAAGAAGAGGUGGAAAUCGUAAUCGAAAAAAACUGUAAGCAAACCAUUCGGAGCGUCAACCCAAAAAUUCGCAUUUAUGUACUGUAUGCAUGGGUUUAUUACAAAUAUUUGAUACGCAACGUGUUGGCGACAAGCGAAGUGAAAUGCCGACACAAUAUCCGUGUAUUAUUAAUAAUUAAAAUCGGGUUUUUAUUACUAUUAUUAUCGUAAUGUAGGUACUGUAUAUUGUAUGUAUUAUUAUCAAUUUUUGAUAAGAACACAUUUUUGAUAGAAAACUUUUCUGUAGUGUGCAAAUUUUAUCGCCAAAAAUAAGUAAUAAAUAAAAUAUUAAUAAAAUUAUAUAAAUUUAAAAAUAAACAUCGUUUUAUUAUCACAUAUGAGUCGGUCGCACUUAACGAAAACAAUUACGAACAUACAGAUGCAAACAAAUAUCUGAACAACUAAUCGAAAUUUCAAGUCCAAUAAAAAUAGAGUGGGAAACAUUAUAAUUAAAUGCUGAUAAAAAAAAAAUCUACAGCUACAAAGCCGUCGACGUCGAAUAAGUGUUGGUCAAGAAUCGGAGAGCACCCAGAGAUGCUUUUCAAACUUUAAACUCUUUCAUCUGCAUUGUAGCUAGGAUACAUAAUUCGAAAGACACUAACUGAACGCCCUUUUGGAAUAAAUUAAAGGAACUUUUCGCCGCAGAUGUGUUGUCUGUGACCGCUCGUCAGGUAUUAAUCCAGGUUAUGUAGAGUGUAGUGGGA